CACUCCGUGCUUGUGGAAGUUGUCAUGGCGAUAGAACCGUCCCCGGCGUCUGCUCGCUGGGGUGUUGCCAUGGAGAUCCCGGCUCGAGGUCCGCUCACGGCAGUGCUGGAGGAAGAGAGCAGCUCGCGGCUGGGGUCCGAGAAGCGAAUUCAGGACCUUGGAGAGAAGCGGUGCCGUGGACCCCCUUUCAGCCAAGGGAACUACUACAUGCUCAUAGUGAUCGGAGAGAUAGCGACAGACCACCAGCUGCAACGCGCCAGAGACCACUUAGAGCGGGGGAUCCGCUCCUGGGACGUCAGCCUCAAGUCAUGUGACCUGGACCAUCAGCUGCAGCUGUUUGUGACGCGUCACUCUGCACAGUUCUCCGCAGAGGUUAGAGGACAACGGACUCUCCACCACAAAAGUGACGUCCUAGAGACUGUGGUGUUAGUCAACCCAUCCGAGGAUACGGUUGCUUUAGAGAUCCAGUCUCUUGUCACAGACUCAGCAGGACAUAAGCUCUUGGUCCUGAGUGGGCAGAACUCAGACCACGGUGACCUGCUUCUCCAAAGUGGGGUUUUCACCUAUCAGAGCUUCUCACAAGUCUUUGCUGAUCCUGGGGUCAGUGAUUUGCUGGGCGAAGCGGCCCCCGAGCAGCGGGCCACACUCACUGUGUCCUGCCGAGCGGAGGUGGGUUGGAGCUCCCUGGGUCAGCAGCAGCACUUACGGGAGUUCCUUGAGUACAGACUGAACCCUGAGCCUGUGCUCCCCAAGAUGGAGGGAGUCACAGAGUUCACGGAGUACAUCUCCGAGACGGUAGACGUGCCUUCGCCCUUUGACCUCCUGGAGCCGCCCACAUCUGGAGGCUUCCUGAAACUGUCCAGGCCCUGCUGCUAUGUCUUCCCUGGGGGGAGGGGCGACUCGGCCCUGUUUGCGGUCAAUGGCUUCAACAUCCUAGUGGAUGGAGGCUCUGAAAGGAAAUCAUGCUUCUGGAAGUUGGUCAGACACUUGGACCGCAUCGACUCGAUUUUACUCACUCACAUUGGUGCAGACAAUCUGCCAGGCAUCAACGGGCUCCUUCAAAGGAAAAUAGCAGAGCAGGAGGAGGAACAGUCACAAGGCUCUGCUAGCUACAGCGACUGGAUGAAGAACCUGAUCUCUCCAGAGCUUGGUGUGAUCUUCUUCAAUGUACCCGAGAAGCUACGUAUGCCAGAAUCAAACCUAAAGGUCAAGCGCAGCAUCGAGGAGGCCUCCCUCACGUUGCAGUACCUCAACAAACUGGGAAUCAAGCCGGAGCCUCUCUGUAGACUGGUCAGUAACCUUAUUGAGCCUUUAACUCUUUUCCACAAGAUGGGAGUGGGCAAGUUAGACAUGUAUGUUCUGAACCCCGUCAAGGACAGUAAAGAGAUGCAGUUUCUCAUGCAAAAGUGGGCGGGUAACAGCAAAGCCAAAACUGGCAUUGUGCUCCCCAAUGGAAAAGAGGGAGAAAUAUCCGUACCUUACCUGACGUCAGUUACAGCAUUAGUUGUCUGGCUUCCUGCCAAUCCUGCAGAAAAGAUUGUCAGAGUGCUGUUCCCUGGAAACGCACCACAAAACAAAAUCCUGGAGGGCCUGGAGAAAUUAAAGCACCUUGACUUCUUGCGAUACCCAGUAGCCACACAAAAAGACAUUGCCUCAGGAGCUCCACCUGCUGUUGUAAAACAGACAAAGCUGAAGCAAAGGACAGACAGCAAAGAGAGUCUCAAAUCAUCUCCCAAGACUACCAAAUCCCCUAAGAAAGAAGCAGACGAUGAGGUUUCGGUGACCACAGAGGCAAAGAGUGACUCUGUGAAGGAAGGUAGGAAACUGGUAGAGAAUGAAAAACCCACAAAAAUACUAAAAUCCAAGACUGAUGGACCAGAAAAUAAAAAACUUUUGAAGGAGAAAUCCUUGAAAAAACACUCAAAGGAAAGGGCAUCCAAGAUGGAUGAGAAAAAAGACAAGGAAAAGAAAGAGAUCAAACAUGUCAAGAAAGAUGACGCAGCUAAAAAAGAAGACAAAAAAAAAGACCCCAAAGUUGACAAGAAAAAGGACACAUCCAAACCAGAGUUGAGAAAGAUAACAAAACCUGACCUAAAACCCCUCACACCAGAGGUCAGAAAGACCCUGCACAGGGCAAAAGCGUCAAGUAAACCCAAAACCGACAAAAGCAAAGUCAAAACGGCCAAGGCAGAGCCUGCUGAACCCAAAUCUGAGGAACUAGCAGCAGAUACCAUUCAGCCUGAGCCAUUACAGAAUGGGGCUGUUGAGGGCAUCUCUGCUUCCUCCACUCCAGAGGAUCUUACCAAGCCACCAGAGAGUGCAGUGGAGACACCAGCAGAAGAAAGCAUGACCGAAUCCCCUACCCAGGAGGAGGAGAAAGAACAGGAAACUGUCUCUCAAACUCCAAUGGGCACAAAGUCACCUGAGAAGGGAGCAGCCACAGCAAUGGGAUUUGAGACUGAUUCUCAAAGAAAAGAGGACACAUUAGCACAAGAGCAUAAAGAAGAAUUUCAAGCACAGGAUGUGGAUAUCUAUGAGGAUGAGGGAGCUGCCAUUGAGGACGAUGAGGUGGAGGAAAAAGAAGGCCUGAUAGCAGAGAGGAAAAUGGAAGAGGAAGAGGAAGAUAUGGGGAUAGGGGAGGAGGAAGAGGAAGGAGAAGAUAACAGACUAGACAGGAAACAUGAGGUGGAGGAAAUGGAGAAAGCUGAAAAGCCCACAGCUAAAGAGGAAAGCAGAAGGCCUUCAUCCCAGGAGGAGGAAGAGGAAGAUGAAGAUGUUGUUGAAAAGGCCGAGCUGGAAGAGGUAGAAGACUUAGACGUGAUAGCUGAUGAAGAGGUCAAAAACAAACCUGAAGCGAGAGAGAAAGAAACAUCGGCCAAGAACUGGGAAAGCAAAGCAGUCGAACACAUUGCUGGAGCCAAAGAGGAGGAUGAGGAAGAUGAGGAAGGCUACAUCUCAAAUGUUGGAGGCGCUACAGCCGACAUAGUAUCAACACUGCAAGGAGCCGCUGCUGCCGAGCCCAUCUCCUUCAUUCAAGAUGAAACCAUUCCCGGUUACUCCGAAACUGAACAGACCAUCUCGGAUGAGGAGAUUCACGAGGAGGCGGAAGACAGGAUACCACACCUCCAAUACGAAGUGGGUACAUAUGACAUCUCUGUCCCAGAUCAGACAGGCUCCUUGGACACCAUCCACAGGAUGAAGGAGAUGCAAGCAGCAGCUAUGGCUGAUGUAACAGCCAAAGGUUUCAUGGGUGGACAGGAGCAAGUAUCAGUGUUCACUAACAUCAUGUCUGCUCCCUUGGCAGAGGAAGAACUUGUCUCCUCAGCCACAUCCAUCACGGAGUAUGAUAAAUUGUCCUCCUUUCCUACCUCUAUUGCAGAGGACCAAUUGGUUACUCCCGUCACUACACCUCAGACUGAGGAAUCGGGCAAAAGCUCACUGGUUAACGAUACUGUUAACAGCGUUCCCCUGGCAAUUCCAACCGAGGCCACACAUGGGAAAGAACCCUUCCACUCUGCUGGGACCAUCUCACCAACAUCCUCCUUGGAGGACGACAAGUGCUUAAAGUCACCUCCAUCCGAGGAGUGCCUUCCUGUUGUCUCUGAUGUGAAGACUGAGGAUAAGGUCAUCAAGGCUCACGAUGAAGAGGAAGAAGAAGAAGACCAAACUCCUAACGUUGACAUUUCACGUGAAAAACUACAGGAGAGUUUUGCCUCUCCUCUAAUGUUCCAAGAUAGAGAAAGGGAUGUGGAAAAGCUCCCUGCCUCUGAGUCUCGUGUCUCCAAACCUGUUCAGGAUUUGAAGCUGGAUCAACCACCAGUUGAUGAGGAGGUACAGCUCUUUAAGUCCAAAGAAGACAUCUCAACUGCAAUGCCUCCAAAACCCCUUUCACCCCCACCCUCUUUCUCAAAGCCCUUUAGGUCAGACUCAGUCACUUCAGAAGGUGAAGAGCGGUGCUUCAGUCCAGACGAUAGCACUGUGAAAAUGGCCUCUCCCACACAGUCUGGACCUCCCAGUGCAACCCACUCUCCUCUUCAUCAGUCGCCUGUGGAAGAAAAGACCAAGGCCUUCCCAGGACUGGAGCAUCAAACACAGGAGGACAUUCAUGAUUCAGCCACCAAAACAGACGGUGAGGAUGCGAAGAAAGAUCAAGAAGAUAAUAAGGAAAAACUAGAUGCUGACAUCCAGAAAGAAAGUCAACGUGAGUCAGAUGCACCACCAUCUGGGGAGAAAUCAUUUGAACAAGACUUGCCGGUUACAAAAGUGGGGGAAAAAGAUGGUCUCUCCGCUUCCACAGAUGAGAUCCAACUGAAACAGGAGACAACUCCUCUUCCCUCUGAGUCAGUCACAAGGAAAGAUGAAGUUUCCUUAUUAGGAAAGGAAUCUUUACGGGAAGACAUUUCUAGUGGUGAGGCUAUACUCGAACACAGUGAUGAGGAAGAUGAUGAUGAUCAUCAAGAGAAAGAAUCCAAAGUGUGCAGUAAGGCUAAAUUCCCAAAGGAGAAGGAGAGUAGCUUCUUAGAUGAUGACGACGGUGAGGAUGAUGAUGAUGAUGAUACUUCUGAUGUAAAACCCAUAAAACAGGACAUGAAGGAGAAAGAGACAGAAAAGCACGACACACACGAGGCUGAAACCACCAAAGAAGGUAAAGAAACAGAAAAGGUUGGUACCACUGAAGCUGAACCCAUCAAGGAAGAUACAGAUUCGAAAGUGAAGGAAAACUGUGAUAUUCAUGAAGUUGAACCCAUCAAGGAAGAUUACAAUGGGAAAGUGAAAGAAAAAUAUGUCAUACUUGAAGCUGAACCCAUCAAGGAAGAUAAGAAAGUAACAGAAAAGUUUGGUGCUACUGAAGCUGAACCCAUCAAGGAAGUUAAGAAAGUAACAGAAAAGGUUGGUACUACUGAAGCUGAACCCAUCAAGGAAGAUAAGAAAUCAGAAAAUACUACUGAAGCUGAAUCCAUCAAGGAAGAUAAGAAAGUAACAGAAAAGGUUGGUACUACUGAAGCUGAACCCAUCAAGGAAGAUAAGAAAGUAACAGAAAAGGUUGGUACUACUGAAGCUGAAUCCAUCAAGGAAGAUAAGAAAGUAACAGAAAAGGUUGGUACUACUGAAGCUGAAUCCAUCAAGGAAGAUAAGAAAGUAACAGAAAAGGUUGGUACUACUGAAGCUGAAUCCAUCAAGGAAGAUACGAAAGUAACAGAAAAGGUUGGUACUACUGAAGCUGAACCCAUCAAGGAAGAUACGAAAGUAACAGAAAAGGUUGGUACUACUGAAGCUGAACCCAUCAAGGAAGAUAAGAAAGUAACAGAAAAGGUUGGUGCUACUGAAGCUGAACCCAUCAAGGAAGAUAAGAAAGUAACAGAAAAGGUUGGUGCUACUGAAGCUGAAUCCAUCAAGGAAGAUAAGAAAGUAACAGAAAAGGUUGUAAAGAACGGAAGAUGGAAAAUGAGCAAGAGAAAGAAGAUACUAGUGAUUUCGAAGACGUCAAAGAUGAGAAAGAUAGAGAUGAAUGUUAUGAAGCUGAACCCAUCAAAGGAGAGGAAAGAGAGAAAGAUAGAGAUGAACGUAAUGAAGCUGAACCCAUCAGAGAGGAAAGAGAGAAAGAUAGAGAUGAACGUUAUGAAGCUGAACCCAUCAAAGGAGAGGAAAGAGAGAAAGAUAGAGAUGAACGUAAUGAAGCUGAACCCAUCAGAGAGGAAAGAGAGAAAGAUAGAGAUGAACGUUAUGAAGCUGAACCCAUCAAAGGAGAGGAAAGUGAGAAAGAUAGAGAUGAACGUUAUGAAGCUGAACCCAUCAAAGGAGAGGAAAGUGAGAAAGAUAGAGAUGAACGUUAUGAAGCUGAACCCAUCAGAGAGGAAAGUGAGAAAGAUAGAGAUGAACGUUAUGAAGCUGAACCCAUCAAAGGAGAGGAAAGUGAGAAAGAUAGAGAUGAACGUAAUGAAGCUGAACCCAUCAGAGAGGAAAGAGAGAAAGAUAGAGAUGAACGUUAUGAAGCUGAACCCAUCAAAGGAGAGGAAAGUGAGAAAGAUAGAGAUGAACGUAAUGAAGCUGAACCCAUCAGAGAGGAAAGAGAGAAAGAUAGAGAUGAACGUUAUGAAGCUGAACCCAUCAAAGGAGAGGAAAGAGAGAAAGAUAGAGAUGAACGUUAUGAAGCUGAACCCAUCAGAGAGGAAAGAGAGAAAGAUAGAGAUGAACGUUAUGAAGCUGAACCCAUCAAAGGAGAGGAAAGAGAGAAAGAUAGAGAUGAACGUUAUGAAGCUGAACCCAUCAGAGAGGAAAGAGAGAAAGAUAGAGAUGAACGUUAUGAAGCUCAACCCAUCAAAGGAGAGGAAAGUGAGAAAGAUAGAGAUGAACGUUAUGAAGCUGAACACAUCAAAGGAGAGGAAAGAAAGUGAGAAAGAUAGAGAUGAACGUUAUGAAGCUGAACACAUCAAAGGAGAGGAAAGAGCAAAAGAAAAUGAAACAGCUGACAAAGUCAAAGAUGAGAAGAGCAAGGAAGAGACAGAAAAAUAUGAUUCUCAUGAACCUGCUAAAGAGGAGGAAGAGGAAAUGCAAGAGAAAGAUCUACGAGAGGCCUUACAGCGCACCACACAGACAAGAAUGGUAGAGAAACUAGAGGUGACGUCUGCGACAAAGCUUGAGUCUACAUUUCAGGUUCAGUACUCAGAUGGAGAUGAGGAGGAGGAAGAGGAAGAUGAAUCCAUUUGUAUGGCUGGUGCAGGCUCAAGACCUUUAUCAGUGGAACCUAGACAAUCAGAGCAUGACAUCAUGUCUCAACAUCUGCUCUCAACUCAGCCAUCAGAGAAUGUGCUUAGUGACCAAACGAAGGACCACCACUCUGAACAGACCACUGGGCUUGCGUCCUCAUUACCGAAACGGGAGGCCUCUCCAGAUAAAGACAUCAAAGAGCAGCAUAAAGAAGGACAACAUAGACUCUCCCCUGAACUAGAAAAGGACACCAGGACAACUGAGACCACAUCAGGACCCCAUCUCAGCCAAGAGCCCACCAUUGGUUUCCCUACCAUGAAAGAGGAUCCAGUCUCUGCCAUCUCUACAACUAAAAAAGAACCAGUCUCAGACUCCAUCACUACAGAUAGCCAGGCUAUAAGUUCAACACUAUCAAGCACCGAUAGCCAGGCUAUAAGUUCAACACUAUCAAGCACCGAUAGCCAGGCUAUAAGUUCAACACUAUCAAGCACCGAUAGCCAGGCUAUAAGUUUAGCACUAUCAAGCACCGAUAGCCAAUCUAUAAGUUUAGCACUAUCAAGCACCGAUAGCCAGGCUAUAAGUUCAACACUAUCAAGUACUGACAGCCAGGCUAUAAGUUCAGCACUAUCAAGCGCUGACAGCCAGGCUAUAAGUUCAACACUAUCAAGCGCUGACAGCCAGGCUAAAAGUUCAACACUAUCAAGCGCUGACAGCCAGGCUGUAAGUUUAGCACUAUCAAGCGUUGACAGCCAGGUUGUAAGUUCAACACUAUCAAGCACUGAAAGCCAGGCUGUAAGUUCCACUCUCUCGAGCAACGAUAGCCAGGCUGUAAGUUCCACUCUCACGAGCACCGAUAGCCAGGCUGUAAGUUCCACUCUCUCAAGCACCGAUAGCCAGGCUGUAAGUUCAACACUAUCAAGCGUUGACAGCCAGGCUGUAAGUUCCACUCUCUCGAGCACCGACAGCCAGGCUGUAAGUUCCACUCUCUCGAGCACCGACAGCCAGGCUAUAAGUUCCACUCUCUCGAGCACCGACAGCCAGGCUGUAAGUUCCACUCUCUCAAGCACCAAUAGCCAGGCUGUAAGUUCCACUCUCUCAAACGUUGACAGCCAGGCCGUAAGUUCCACUCUCUCAAGCACCGACAGCCAGGCUGUAAGUUCCACUCUCUCGAGCACCGACAGCCAGGCUAUAAGUUCCACUCUCUCGAGCACCGACAGCCAGGCUGUAAGUUCCACUCUCUCGAGCACCGAAAGCCAGGCUGUAAGUUCCACUAUCUCGAGCACCGAUAGCCAGGCUGUAAGUUCCACUCUCUCGAGCACCGAUAGCCAGGCUGUAAGUUCCACUCUCUCGAGCACCGAUAGCCAGGCUGUAAGUUCCACUAACUCGAGCACCAACAGCCAGGCUGUAAGUUCCACUCUCUCAAGCACCGAUAGCCAGGCUGUAAGUUCCACUCUCUCGAGCACCGAUAGCCAGGCUGUAAGUUCCACUCUCUCAAGCACCGAUAGCCAGGCUGGUGUGGAGGAAUCCCCCCAGCAUGAAACACUGCUGCCUUCUAUGACAACAAGCAAAGAAGCAUCUAAUACGGAUGAAAAGGCGAAGCAUGUUUCUCAAAAAGGAGAGGAGAAACCAGGCAAGGAAGCUGAGAGGGAAUUGGAAACAGAGCGGGAAGUUGCUUCCCCGGGACACACACAACCUUGUUCAUAUUUUCUCUUGGAUAAAGAUUCUGCGAAGUUUCCGGAGGAAGUGGGCCACGUUGAUGCUACAAAAGCAGACAGUGCCUCUGAAAAAGUGGAAGGUUUUGACAAAAUGAGAACAGAGAAGGAGGCGAUCAGUGUGAGUUUGCAAGAAGAAAAUCAGGGCUUUGGCGUGUCUAAGUAUGAACCCUAUGAAAAGCCCAUUUCGAAAGAAGAGGCAUCAGACAAUAAAGAAGACAGUGAGGUUUCUAGACAGUUUGAUCGGUCAGCACAUAUUGGCGUUGAUGAUAACAGGAGAACUAGGCAGGCAGACGCUGGUGCAGCUGAAUUCGACUCAGAGGACGAGGAAAAAGAGGAACCGCUGUCAUUCAGUAGCGUUGAUUACACCCCUCCACCUUUCACAGAGAGCGAGAGAAGCCCCAGUUGUAGCCCAAGUGCCUUCCCUGAACACAAUGACAAAGAGAAAGGUCAAGAAGAAGAGAGUGAUAGGAAGGAGGGACAUGCUACACCACACGUGGAAAACAGCUUUGCAUAUUCAGAUACUCAAGACAACAAAACCACCCCAGCAGAGCCAUGCUCAUUACCUUUCAAUCUCAAAGAAGAUAAACCUGAAAAAGUUGAGGAAGAUGAAAUGAAGGACAAUGUCUGGUCGGCCCCUCAAACAUCUACAGGAGAGACGGACCAGACUGGAGCAUCUCCUAGUAUAGAGGAGUAUCUGCCAGUCCAGUCAGGCAGAAAGGAAACAGCCUCUCUGUCACGGGGCCAAUCCAACCUUGGUGCCCAAGCCUCAGCUACUGCCAUGCUUUUUGAAGACCUCCCUGAGAAGCAGACAACAGAGAAGGAAAAAGAUGAGCCAGUGAAAGACAAGUUGGAUUCAUCUGAUAGUGAGCGAGGAGACUCUCCCUCUGGCCGCUACUCACCAGCGGAGAAAGACAUGUUACCUCGUCAAGUUUCGCCUGAGGAAAAGGAAAAUCAGGCUACUGCUGCCCCCCUGGCCGCGUACUCAGGACAUCUCAUAGACGAUAAUGUUCUUGCAUCUGAGUACACUCAAAUUGGCAGCUCUAUCACCAGUAAAUCUACAAUGGGCUAUUCUGAGAGAGAAGACACUCCGGACAGUGUAUAUAAGAGGCUACUGGUGGUGGGAGAGGAUUAUGAUGAUGAUGAUGACGAUGACGACGAUGAUGAUGAAGAUGAGGACGGUGAAGAUGCGGAGGAAGAAGAAGAAGAAGCCAGUGAUCUAGAUGUGGAAAAGGGUGCAAGAGAGCAGUCUGAAAAAGAAAUCUGUAAAACGGCAUCAGAUGAUACCACACCUUCUAAACUUCUUGUUACAAAAGAAGAGGACAAGAAGGCCCUCUCACCCAAACCCAACCACCUCAAAAAGGAGGAACCUACCCAUUCAAUGACCACAAUCUGCCCUCCACUGGUAGAUACUGCAGAUUCCCUUUUGAAGAAUGUAGUUGGUGCCUCGCCACUCCAGUCUGGCAGUUCCACUGCAAUAGAACAAACAGGAUCUGGAGGAUAUCCUUCUGAAUCCUCAGAGUUUUCUGAGGACAGCCAGCUGGGGUUAAAGGAGGAGAGGUUUGACAGUCCUGACCUAUCUCUGCCCCCCAAGUCUAGUGAAGAUAAACAUUACAGUCAGGGAGACAUUGAAGCUGAGAGGCAGAGAAGCCCAGAUACCGCUAGUCGAAAACCAGAGGAAGCUCCUUCGUCUUACCUCCCAUCUGCCUCAGCUUCUCUAUCAACCAGCCACCAGUUACGAGAGGAGGUAGAGAGUCCCGUCACAGUGUCUAGUGCCCCCUACAGGACAGAUUCUGAGGUUGCUUCCUUUGAGUAUUCUUCAUUCAAAGAUGAAGAAUCCUCAGCCAAGCACUCAAUCCUCUCAACCUCAAGGGUAAUACUAAAAGAGGAGUACCUAGAAGCCUCUGAAAAGCUUACCUCAACAACUACAACUACAUUUAGUCUGACACAAGUCUCUCCAGUCUUACCUACUCCAGCCAAAGACACUAUUCAACAAGAGACAUCAUCAAGCCCUAAAAUGGACAAGGGUCAGACCUCUGAUACCUUUCAUAAACUUGAGGGCAUUGUUGAAACCAAAACCAUGUCUGCUGGGGCUUCAGAACCAUUAAGUUCCCAGCUGUCCAAACCCGCUGAAACCAUAUCCACUUCAAGGGCUCUCUUUGAUGUUUCCCCAUUGCAAAGAGCUGACUCUCCUGACAGAGAAUCCCAGGGCUCACUGGACAGCAAAGAGUCCUACACUCUUCCAUGCCGCAUUGAAUGCCAGAAAUCUUCAGUGACAGAGCAAAAAGAAGGCAUGCUGUCCAUAACUGAGACACACAUGGUCACCAUCGUCUCCAGUACAACCACAACAGUGACCCAAUCUGAUGUGGUGACAAAACCACAGGAGUCAACUGAAGCCUCUUCCAAUGGGCCUACUGAGGUUCGCACAAGUGCCCAAGAUGUCUUCAGUGAAGCAAGCAAAGCCUCUUGUGCCACAAUGUCAGAUCUACCUAAAUCUGAUCUGCUUAAAUCUGAUUGGAGGAGAUUGGAGGAGGAAGACGGGAAGGAGGAGGAGAAGAAAGACCAGACUGAUGAGGAGAGUGAAAAGGAGAAGGAGAGGAAAGCGGGAGAGAAAGAGAGAGUAGAGGAUAAAAAAGCAGAGAAACAGGAAGAGAAGACGUCCGAAAGGAGAAGGAGUAGCUUAUCUGACUGGGAACUCCUACAAGGGCCGGGCGCAUGCCCAAGCGCCCCUCCAGGCUAUGAAGAUGACAGGGAAGAGGAGGAGGAAGCGUACGAAACGGAAGAAGCAGAAGAAGCAGAGGAAGAAUAUGGUGAAGAAGAAUGCGUAGCUCCAGGCCAGCCCACCCCUCUGUCCACAGCAGGACACGCCCACCAUACAAAGGCAUCUGCCAAAACAGAUGGAGAAUCCAGUCGUCCCACUGACCUGCAUAUGGAGGCUACCUCCUCGUCCCCCCCUAGCUACUCCUCAUGUGAAUACAAACACCGCAAAGGAGAAAUCUCCCCAUCUUUCAUCAACCCCAGUCCACACGCCCUCUCCAGCGAUGAUGGUGAUGAAGACAAAGGGAGCGACCACUCUCUUGAGGGGGAUGAAGAUGACCGCGAGCAACACUCGGUCAAGAGGAGGUCUCACAAGCAGAAGCGACAUCUCACUCAAUGUGGAGCUACUGGAGCAGGGGAGGGGUCGCAACCAGUUUCCAUGCCUCCUGGUGGCAUGGCAACUGGACUCGGGGUGGUGCUAGCUGGAGAGGAGACGCCCCCCACAUCAGUGAGCGACUCAUUAGCUUCGCAGUCUGACUCAGACGUACCUCCAGAGACCGAGGAGUGCCCGUCGAUUACAGCAGAGGGAAACUUGGACUCAGACGAAGAUGCAGAACACCUGCCGGUGGACAAACUAUCUGCAUCUGCCACCGGAGGGGGCCAUCAACCCCCCUCGCCCAGAUCAGCUGCGAAGUCCCACGACCCCCUACCUGCCCCUAUGAAGGACCCCCACCCACACCCGCCACACCCUGACGUGUGCAUGGUGGACCCAGAGGCCCUCUCUAACGACCAGAGCAGCACAGAGAAACUUCUCAAGAAGGAUCACAAGACAACCAAGAGCCUGCGGAAGGGCCUGGGCAAACCUAAGUCUGCGUCCCCAGCCCGGAAGGGGAAGAGGUCCACCACCCCUGUGAAGCAGACCUCCAAGGACUCCUCGCCUCGAUCGGCCUCUCUGAGAAGGAAGGACACGGAAAGGAGCUCCAGGCUGACGCAGAAGUCCGAGGGCCUGGGAUCCAAGGGGGACCUACACGCUCCAGGGAAAGGCCUCGCGAACGGCGUCAAGAGCAAUUUGGGUACCAACUCCCAAAAAUCUAGUUCAGCCGUCCCCCCUGGGCCUCCAAUCUAUGUGGACCUGGCCUACGUGCCCAACCACUGCAGUGCCAAGAAUGUGGACCAGGAGUUCUUCAAGCGGGUGCGUGCUGCGUACUACGUGGUGAGCGGCAACGACCCGGCCGGUGGAGAGCCUAGUCGUGGUGUCCUGGAUGCCCUUUUGGAGGGCAAGGCCACAUGGGGCUCCAAUCUACAGGUGACUCUGAUCCCUACUCAUGACACGGAGGUGACGCGGGACUGGUACCAGCAGACGCACGAGAAACAGCAGGACCUGAACAUCAUGGUCUUGGCCAGUAGCAGCACAGUGGUCAUGCAGGAUGAGUCCUUCCCUGCCUGCAAGAUUGAGUUCUAACUUCUGCACCCGUUGCUAUUUUACCUUCCUCUUCCUCCUCCCCUCAUCCGUGCUACUCUUUAUCCUCCCAUAUGUAAGACUCCAUUGCAUUUGCUGUCGUCUUCGGCAUGUGCACUGGCUUCCAACUGGUCAAUGUUAUCUGAAAACAGCCAGCUACGGUAUGUCAGGCAGAAACAUAGCUAAAGUACAGGGUACAUAGUAGCUGCACAAAGGUGUGAUGUAUAUUUGUUUCAAUUAUGCUUUCCAUUUAAACAACAUACUUGCACGAUAGAAACACCUCUUUAUUAGAUUCGGUCUUAAACAAUAUUGUUUUUUUUUCUUCACAUAUAAACCUCUCCAACGUGCACAUAUUGUGAUCACGCACAUCAUCUGUGAUGAGGAUAAUUCUCAAAAGUUAUUUCAGCUUUCAAAUCACUGUACUGCACCUCAAAUCCACAUCUAAAUGGACAACACUUUCCAACUAAAUGUGCUAUCUUUACAAUGUAUCGAUUUGUCUCGCGUUGUUGGGGCAUCUAGUGCCUAAUGCUCCAUUAAGAUUGUCCACAGUUAUGUCACAUUCAACAUGUGAAACUUCAACACUCUUACUUAUUGUCUUAAACUCAACAGAGAAAUACAAAAUGAAAAUAAAAUGUAUAAAUUGCUUAUCCAAAGGGCCAAAGUAAGUGCCAAAACAGUCUUGAGACAGUGGCUGUGUCCGAAAUCUGGCUUGCCUACUACUUCCCUAAACAGUAUACUGCGUACUAAUUGAACUACAUACUACAAUGUACUUAGUAAAAAAAAAAAUGUUUGCAGCAAGCAACAAAUAUCAACAUAAUGAGAAGGCAUCAAACGUGUUGUCGCACUUGUUCCCACGUCAUCUGUUCAUUUUUUUUUGUAAAGCACAUCUGAUUAUCAGCUGGUGUCGAACGAGCGCUGGUGUGAAAAACCCCCGAUUCACUUCCUCAAUAGUGUGUAGUAAAUUCUACCAGACUAACAGCCUAAAUAAGUAUGACAUCUAGGCAUUUCAUGAAUACUCGAUAAUCAAAAUUUCACAUACUCAAAUGGCCUACUAUUUAGGAUGCGAGUAUGGAUAUUCGGACAUGGGCAGUUGUUAACACUCUCCAAAAUAAGUCGAAAACCAUUACGAGAUGAACAGUUACUUGAUCUCGCUUGUACGCAGACUACGCACAAUGUUGUAUAAUGGUAGUAGCUUAGUAAGGAUCCUAAAUUGAGGCUUUGUUUUUGAUAUAUAAGACACUACUCCUGUUCGGAGUUAUUACGUGAGAUGCAGCUCUAGAUGCUGUACCAUUUGACUUUCUCAGUACUCUUAAGUACGUCAACUGGUGUUACAGAGGACUAUUACCACAUCGCUUGUCGUGAAGCUUCAAGAGGGGCCUGAAAGGGCUACUUUCAGUUUAAAUAACUAGCUAGCUUUUAUGAAUUAUUUUUCCUCUGUAGCUGAAGCAUGAUUCUUGCAUUUAGCUCAGACUCCUCCCUCGAGGAAGUAGAGUUUUUUUUUAUUUGACCGUGUGUCUAGUCCUUGCAGUCUCCAAGUAGGGAGUAGCCUAUAAACAUGUUCCAAUACCUUACCGUUUGGCUGUGUGUUUGCUAAAAUGAACAUUACACUGUAGGCACCGGGCAAAGAGAUGGUUCUCUUGUAUUUGCUAUAUUUGUGCUGGAUAUAAUGGUUCUUUAUCAAUAUAUGAAGCAGUGGAGGCUGCUGAGGGGAGGGAUGGCUCAUAAUAAUGGUCGGAACAGAGUGAAUGGAAUGGCAUCAAACACAUGGAAACAAUGGAAACCAUGGAAACAAUGUGUUUGAUGUAUUCGAUAACAUUCCACUGAUUCCGCUCCAGUCGUUACCACGAGCCAGUCGUCCUGUGAUCUGAAGCCAUUAUCAUGGUCUUUGUUGGUUUGUUGAUAUGAUGAUACAUGGAGAGAUUGUGUUAUAACACAUUAGAGAAGGAUGUUUAAAUGAAAGCAGCUGACUGGUUGAGACAGAGGCAACCGAGAUGAAUGUAUUACGUUUGAUGUUUUCUCCCGUUUUCAGUUAAAUUAUACUGUCUGUAUGAAACUAUUUAAUGAAUUGAUGGAAACUGCGUCGGUUUUCCAUACCGAAUGUUGCCAUUAGAGUCCACUCCGUCCCAUUAAGACAGGGUUGUGUGGAGGUUGUGUGAGUGCUCUUGUGGGGGGAAAAUGUAGCCAUUAGAGUCCACUCCGUCCCACUAAGACAGGGUUGUGUGGAGGUUGUGUGAGUGUUCUUGUGGGGGGAAAAUGUAGCCAUUAGAGUCCACUCCGUCCCACUAAGA